GAAGACUUAGGAAGGGAAUUGAAGUGACGCACUGGCAUAAAUACCAUCGUCAAGAGCAUAGGAGCUCUCGGGCAAGUUCGCAAGCUCACCUAGAAACUUGUUCGCUCCAGCAUGAAGCGUAGCACACUUGACAUGUUCAUCAAACCUGCGGCUAAGAAGCCUAAAUAUGAGGCCAGCCUGCACAAGUCCAACCAUGUAACUUAUCCUUUCGCUGUCUCCCACCUGCCUGCUCCGUUCACCAAGCAAUUAGGCACCGUGCCAGUGACAGAAGGGAAACCCAUCAAUGACCAGCCCAACUUGGAUCUGGUGUAUUAUCAGCCAUAUAUACCAGUGUCGAUCCAGGCUGGCAUGUUCGAGUUCCUGCGUCAAGAACUCUUCUUCUACCGCGUGCAAUAUAGUAUCAAUCGUGGAGGCAUCCAGACUCAGGUCAACACGCCCCGCUUCACAACCGUCUUCGGCGUCGACGCAACAUCGAGGUUCAACGAUAACGGAGACCUUGUCGACGCCAAGACGAAUCGACCUCUCCUGCAAGGACGAUAUAAAUGCAAGCCCAGGCCUAUUCCCCAAUGCCUCAAUGAACUGCGGAAACUGAUUGAGUCCGUGGUGGGGGAGAACUACAAUUUCUGCCUUGUAAAUUAUUAUGCCGAUGGCAGCGACUCCAUCGCCUACCACUCCGACGACGAGCGCUUCCUAGGCGCCGACCCGGCAAUUGCAAGUCUGAGUCUCGGAGCUAAACGGGACUUCCUCCUCAGGCAUAAAACUGGGUCACCCGGCAAGCCGAGGCAGAUAAAGCUGCCGCUAGGUAGCGGAGAUAUGGUACUGAUGCGUGGGAAGACGCAGGCAAAUUGGCUGCAUAGUAUUCCGAAGAGAGUGGGGGAGGAGGCGAAGAAGGGGAGGAUUAAUAUUACGUUUCGGAAGGCGUUAGUGAAGGGGGGGACGGAUAAUUACUAUAUGUAUAACGUUGGGGGUGGGUGUGUGUUUAGGUGGGAUGAUGGACUGAGGAGGAUGAUGCUGUGGAGAGAGGGCGAUGUUGCGGGCGCGUCGAGGACAGAGGCUCAGGCUCAGGGCGGUACUGCGGGACCACUUCGCGCUCAGGCUGAUGAAGUUGCCCAAGCCCAAAGCGUUGUCGCUCUUGCUGGAACUCCCAGUAGUAGUGUUUAGGGGGAGGAGACUUGGCAGAAAGAUAGUGGGGGAGAGCGUUUUUCAUGGAAUCACGAUUCAUGGUGUUGGGCGUUGGCGUAUAGUAAUCGGCGUUACGAUGUUCGCCUCUUGAUUGUUUGCCGUUUGGUUCUUCCGCUGUCUUUGGACGUCUGACUGAGUCUCACUUCACGACAGAAAGCAACUUAAAAUCGAAGAUUCAAAAAGGAUGUGCAAUCGACAUA